UGCAUAACGUAUUCCAACUGGUGUGUCCUGUUUUGCGUAUCUAGGUAUACGCGAGACGAUUUCCGUUGGUUGCACGCGUUUCCCGAACCAUCGCAAUCGACCCACAUAACUUUUACACCCUUGUUUACUUGUGUGGCAUACAGCUCUAAAAAUACGGAUGCUAUUUGGGCGCUGCGUAUCGCUGGGAGCCUCACGGCGGCUCAACUCCCCACAGUGGUCAAGCCAAUCCUUACCCGAAGUGCCUUUUUCGGGGCGUAGAAAGGCCCAUCCAAAUGCAGUAUGCAAUGGGGAUCUCCGAAUAUCGCGUGAUAUGGCAGGCGAAUUGCCCGCAAGCGCUACUGCCACCCUCAACGUCUGCAAUGCUGCUAGGGUCUUGUCUAGUGCGCCACGGAGCAGCAUCAGCGGCAGCGACAAGAGCAACAGCACGCACAACAUCAGCAAGCCCAGCACCGCUGUAAGCAGUAGCAUUGUUCACAGCUGCACUAGCAGCGCCAGCACUAGUAGCUGUCUCAGUCACAGCCACCACCACAGCAGUACAUCCCACGGCUGUAAGAGCAGUGCAUGCAACAACGGCAGCAGUAGCAGUAGCAACGACAAAAGUGGGUCGAGCAGUAGCAGCAGCAGCGGCAGACGCCACUCCAACAGCAACACUGCUGCAACUCUAGCACUGCCAUCGCUACCGCAGCAGCCGCGGCAAAGCCAGAAUUCCUACGCAUCCAGCUCUCAAACCGCAGACCACCACCUGGUAGUGGAGGAUAUGACACCUGACAACUGGCGCACUCCGCUCAGACGACCCGGUUCGGUAGUGGCCCUGGGCAAGUUUGAUGCGCUCCACCGGGGGCACAGAGCGCUAGCGCAGGCAGCGGAGGGGCUAGCCAGGGAUAUUGCCGCUACUGCCGUACAUCCCCCUGCUGCUUCUAGUGCAAGCGCAGGUGCUGCUGUCACUGCUCGUCCACUAAGUGUCGAAAGUAGCAGCUAUAGCACAAGUAACGACGGCAGGAGCUGCAACUGUAGCUGUAGCAGCAGUAGCAGCGGUUCGUACGGCAGUGUUGCUGCUGCCAGUGACGAGGUCCAUGGCAAGGUCAGCGGCGCCGAUGGCGGGUAUGGCAGCAACGGGGGCAGCAGUACUGUUGGCGAUGUGGUGUUGUUAUCGUUCAGCGGAAUGGCAGAGGUGCUCGGAUGGCCGCGCCGACUGCCGCUAACGGCGCCGCAGGACAGAGCCCGAGUGCUGGCUAGCUGGGGGAAGAAGAGCUGUGGGGCGGGGCUGAGUAGUAGUGAGGCAUGUUGUACGAGUACGACAAGUACGGCAGCAGCGGCAGCGGGAGAGCAUGAACAGCAGCAGGCUUGUCGUACACGGUCGAAUUCAGGUGCCAACAGCAGCAGUCGUAUUGGUGUUGACGGCGAGAAGUGUGGUGGCAGCAUAAGCGGAAGCAACAGCAAUAUUGGAAGCACCUUCAGGAGUAGCCACUGCUUGAGUACGAAUACGCCACCCGUUGCAAAAGCAACCUCAGUUGCGUCUCCUGCGUCUGCUCGCUGCACGUCAUCACCCCAGUCGGCGCAACACGACACUGCACUGCCGCCCCGACUGCCGCGGCUGCGCACGCUGCCCUUCUCCCAGAUCCGCUCCAUGUCCCCCGAGCAGUUCGUUGGGCUGCUGGCGAGGGAGCUAGGCGCUGCGGGGGUGGUGGCGGGGCGCAACUACCGCUUCGGUUACAAGGCGGCUGGCGACGCAGAGGCCCUAGUACGGUUGGGUCAGCUUUACGGCAUGCGGGUCCAGAUCGUGGAUCUUGUUGCGUUGCCUGACAACCGGGAGGAAGAGGGCGCCGCUAACUGCCUGGCCAAUGGUAGCUCCGUUGCCGGCGGCAGUAGCAGCGGUAGUAGCGCCGGCAGUAGCAUUGCUGGGCAGGAGGAGGGACGACAAGAGGAGCAGCAGCAGCAGGAGGAGGAGCAAGGCGGCGGUUCUUGCGUAUCUUCAUCUCGGAUUCGUGAGCUGCUGGCUGCGGGCCGGGUGGGCAGUGUGGAGCGGCUGCUGGGCCGGAAGUACCGCCUGGUGUGCGAGCUGGGGGCAGCUGCGGCAGGAUCGGGAGGAGGAGGAGGAGGAGUGGAAACGGCAGUACAGGCAGCAGGAGCACAAGUGGUAUCAGGAGCAUCAGCAGGAGAAGAGGUGGCCUCAACUUCAGCAGCAGCAACAGCUCGUGGGAAAGGAGAGCCAGCAGAAGUCGGAAGCGGAGCCAGCGGUAGGCGCAGCAGCACCACGGCAAGGAUGCUGUUCGUGCCGUACUCAUGCUACCUGAAUCAGCCACCGGCCAACGGCAAGUACCGCGUGUCGGUGCGGGUGGUGGCUGCUGGGGUGGUGGGUGCGGAGGUUCCGCUCGAGGAUGCUUACGUUUGCGCUGCGAACAGGCAUGGAAGUACAGCGAGCGCAUGUGCGAGUGUGACGUUAAGCGACACGGGGCUAUUUUUGGACAUGGAAAGUGAGUGGAGCAAUACCGUGGUUGGUAGUGAUGGGAAUGGCAGUGUUUCGUUAUUGGUGGACUUCGAUGCUUGCAGCUGAUGCAAAGGUAGCCGGGUUGCAUAUUGCAUUAUACCAAGAUGGCUACCAAAGACAAAAAUGCGGCUGGCCUUAAGUAUACGUAGAUGGUGCGCUGUUUGUGGAUUGUGGUUGGAUUACAAUCCUGCUAGGUGCUAGCGUAACAAUGGUACAGUACGACGCUGCGCAAACAAAGAGGAGAGCAGCAGGAGUGUUGACGCUAGACUUAUGUAUUGAACAUACCUAUUGCGGUUUGACACUGUGACCUGUUGGGUUUAACCAGAAAGGUGGACGCUUCUUGUAUAGCUGACACGUUUGACUUGGUAUUUCGCAAGCGCUUUCCACAACACCAACAAAUGGUUUGCGUAGUGAACUUACCGUAUACAUACAAUGAAGCAACCGCGUAAAUUUAACCAUCUUCCAGGGCGGUUACUGCUUGGCAUGUCUUGCAGCACCGGCCGCUGAUUGAGCUAGCCGAUGUAUCGUAAGUAGGUCCAACCUAGCAUCUGGAUCGCACCAGCAGCAGCUGCAACAAACGGACAGCUGUAGCAGCCUCUUUUCAAACGGGGCCUUGGGAUGUCGUACCUCGGAUCUCGGACCGCUAGCGGCAACCUUGGCGGCAACGGCAGCUUCACAGCUGCUGGCGGUGCCGGUGUGGCUGACAGCGCGAGCAACGUCAACGGCAGCGCCAGCGGGCGGCUGCCGCUGCCUCCGGAUGUCCGGGAGGACCCACGACUAGUCCGCGACUCCAUGGCCAGCCUGUCAGCAGCGGGCCGACCCUCAAGCGGUGGCAGCUCCGCCGCCUACGUCAUCACCAACACAACCGGCGCCAGCGCCGCCGCCGCUACCAGGUACGGCAGCGGCGGCGGUGGCGCCGGCAGUGCUGCUACCUCCCGCGCCGCGUCCUUCUCCUCGACCUCCUCCUACCCACAAGCAGUUAAUGUCGCUGCUGCUACAGCGGCAGGCGGCGGGCCAGUGGUGGUGGCCCUGGGAGGGGGACGCGGUUUGGAGCCGCUGAGCUGGGAGGGGCGCAGCUACCUGUGGGACCGGCGGAGCGGGGCGGUGUAUACCUGGGGGGCAGCAGCAACAGGGGGAGGAGGGGCGGGAGGAGAGGAGCAGCAAUACCCGGUGCUCGUCGGCAAGUGGCAGGAUAACCGCGUGGUGUUCCGGCGCCGCAAUGUGGCUUCGGAGCUGUUCUCCAGCCUGGAUCGCUACCUGCGGGAGAACCGGGUGCGGUUCGGGCAGCUGUACGACAGCUACGAUGCGGACAGCAGCGGCACGCUGGAGCUCGGGGAGCUGGGGCAGCUGGUGGGGGCGCUGGUGGAGGGGGUGACGGCGGCGGACGUCAAGUAUAUCAUGGCCACGCUGGACACCAGUGGCGACGGGCGCGUAUCCAAGGAGGAGUUCCUGAAUGGGGCCAAGGCGGCACUGGAGGCGGCUCGCAGGAUGGGUCCGGCGGAGGGGGACGAAGGAGCGGGGACAGCGGCGAGGCAGGAAGUGAAUGCUCUCCUGCGCCGUGUCACCGCCGCCCUGCGCGGCAGUCCCGAGGCCGCCCGCUCCGCCUUCGAGCGGUACGACAUCAACCGCAACGGCCGACUUGAGCCCAUGGAGCUGGCGAGGUUUUUUGCGGCUCUGGUUCCGGAGCUGGGGGAGGAGCAGCUGCGGUGGCUGAUUAUGCACAUGCACGAGUUGCAUGCCGACGGAGACGGCAGCGUCAGUUUCCCCGAACUGCUGUUUGCGCUGGGGACAGCACAGCAGCAGCAGGUACAGGCACAACAGCAAGCGGCUGCCGAGCAGCUGCAGCUCAGGACGUCGUCGUCACGGCAGAUAUCUAUUGCGGCGCAACCUGGCGGCGCCGAGUGGGUGUUGGAGGACGUGUUCGAUCCAAACAGCGGCCGCACCCUCAAGCGGGACCCAGCCACGGGACUUGUGUAUGCGGAGGUGGCGGCGGGGGAGUGGCCGCAGGUGGUGGGUGUGACGGACGGCGCCGGAGUGCUACGCAUGAUGCAGCGGCGGGACGACGGAGGGCUGUUCGCCGCGCUGGAUGCAUACCUCAAAGCCAACAGGAUGAAGUUUCGUGACGUGUUCGAUUCCUUCGACGCCGACCACUCGGGCCAGCUGGACGGCGGGGAGCUGCGGCAGCUGGUGGCGGCCAUACUGCCGGGCUUCAGCGAGGGACAGCUGCACUACUUCCAGGCGCUGCUAGACGUCAACGGCGACGGCGGUAUCAGCUUUGAGGAGAUGAUGGGUGUGGCGCGGGAGUGUCUGGCGGCGGAGAAGGCAGCAGCAGCGGGAGCGGCGGGAGGAGGUGCUGCGGGUCGCGACCCCGCCAUGAAGGCAUCGCUGGACCACUUGCAAGCCUACCUGACGCAGUACUCGGUGGUGGCCUACCAGCACUUCCAGGCCGCCGAUACCUCCCGCCGCGGUCACCUCACCUUCCCCGAGUUCGCCACCUUCCUAGGCCGCCUGGUACCCGGCCUGACAGAGGCGCAGAGACGGGCCAUACUGUCGUACUUGUACGCGCAGGAUAUCGACCAAAGCGGUCUCAUCAGCUGGCUCAUGCUGGCUCGCUUCAUGCGCCUGCCGCAGCUAGCGGCACUAGAGCAGCAGCAGCAGGGCGGGCAGGGGGCCAUGGCAGCAGCGGGCGGACCCAUGGGUCACCAGCAGCAGCAGCAGCCGCUGGGCUCAUCCCCCCCAGGGGGCGGCUCGCAGGGCCAGCCGGGUCAGGUGCAGGGGGGACUGAGGCGGUCCGCCACCAGCCCCCACCGCGUUACGUUUGAAGGUGACGCCUGGCGGCUGGAGGAGAUGUCCUGGCGGGGCGAGGUGCUGCUGGUGGACCCGCACACCAACAGGGUGUACCGCCAGGACACGGCCGGCGGCUGGCCCCGGCUGGUGGGCGCGCGCCGGGAUGGAACGGUGGUGCUGCAGGAGCGCACCCUGGCCUCUGCCCUGUUUGAGACGCUGGACGCCUACCUCAAGCAGCACCGCAUGAGGUGCAAGGAGGUGUUCUCCCACUUCGAUGGCGGCUCCAAGGGCUGGCUGAACCCCGAGGAGCUGGGGCGGCUGGUGGCGCACUUCCUGCCGGGGGGGCAGGUCAGCGCGGGGGACGUCAAGUACCUGCAGGUGAUGGUGGAUCGCAACCAGGACGGCUGCAUCACCUAUGACGAGUUCCUGGAGGCCGCCCGCAGCUGCCGCGCCGAGGAGCAGGCGACCCGGGAGCGAACCCAGGAGGCGUGCACGGCACUGCAGGCGGUGUCAGACCACAUCCGCAACUCAGGGGCCGACAUGCGUGCCGCGUUUGUUCGCUUCGACGUCAACCGCAACGGCCUGCUGGAGCCCCGGGAGCUGGCCGCCCUGCUCCGCGACCCAGGGGUCAUUUCCCCGCCGCUGGGGCCGCAGCAGCUGCGCUAUGUGAUGGCGCACCUGCAUGCGUACGACAUGGAUGGAGACGGCUGUUUGUCGUACCGGGAGUUCUGUAUCGCCAUGCGGGCUGUGGACAUGAGGAGCAGCCGACCCACGGGUCGCGAGGAGGUCAUUCGCGGUACCUUCCUUACCCAGCAGCCCCAGAUUGCUGCCAGCCGGCCAGCGGCGGCCAACACCAACAUCUACGGCAGUCAGGCAGGGUCCGGAUCAAAUGGGGGAGGCGGUAUGGGUGGCGGUUUGAGUCGUGCGGCGUCUCGGAGCUAUGAGGACCCGGGAGACCUGGAGUGGGUGCUGCAGGAGUUGCCGUACAACGGCCAGCAGCUGCUGCUGGAUCCCCGCACGCAGCGCGUGUACUGCUGCCCGGAUGGCCGCAGCUGGCCGCAGCUGCUGGGGCGGCUGGUGGACGGCCGUGUUACCCGAGCCGCCCAGCUGCGCCCCAACGAGCUGUGGACCCGAGUGGACACCUACCUCAGGAGCAACAAGGUCAAGCUGCAGGAGCUUUUCAACAUGUACGACAGCGACCACAGCGGCUCACUGCGUCCCUCCGAGCUGGGUCGGCUGGUGCGGGACAUGCUGCCCGAGGUGACCCGCGCGGAGCUGCACUACCUGCUGGCCAUGAUGGAUGCCAACGGGGACGGCCAGGUGUCGUACCAGGAGUUCGUUACAGCCGCGCGGGAUUCGUUGAAGGCCACCCAGCAACUGUCAGGAGUGGUCGGAGGUGGAGGCGGAGGCGCCAGUAACGACCUCAAUGGUUUCAGUUUCCCGCCUGAUGUGCUUGCCGUACUGGAUGAGAUCUCAGUUCGGUUGGCGGAGAAUCCUGCCGAGGCGAAGCGGAAGUUUGUGCAGGCGGAUAAGAACGGCAACGGCACGCUGGACCUGCCCGAGCUCUCCCGCUUCCUGCGCGCCGUGUUGCCUGAUCUGGCACCCCGGCAGCUGCAGUACGUGCUUUCGUACCUGGGAUCUCUGGAUCUGGAGGGGGGCGGCAGUCUGGGCUUCACCGAGGUCAUGGUUGGACUGCAUGCGUUGAGGGCCCGGGGACCCCGCGGUGUCACCUACAGCCGCUCCUUCAGCCCCUCCCCCGCCCCACCCGGGACAGCACCCCAACCCUACCCCCCCGCUGCUGCUGCUAACAACAACAUCAACCCCUACAACAACAACACCAGCAUCAACAACACCAGCACCGGCCCCCUACGACCUGGCUACCAGCCAGAUGGAUCCUACUACAGCCCCAACCAGCAGCAGCAGCAGCUGCCGCCAUCGCCCUUCCAGCAGCAGCAGGUGCAGCAGCAGCAGGCAGCUCAGGCGCUGAUACAUUCCCCGCAGUCCUUUCGAGUGGGUGGGGUGGGAGGUGGCGGCAGCGGCAACCCCGCGGCCUACACGGCAGAGUGGGAGCUACAUGAGUGGCGGCACAGGGGCACCCCCUACCUGCUGGACCCCGCCACGGGUCUGGUGUACGGCGAGGUCGCCUCAGCCGACCAGUGGCCGCCGCUUGUGGGACGCAAGGUUGGUGACACCCUGCAGCCGCUGGAUGAUUCCGCGGCGCUGUCCUUCUUCAGAGCCCUGGACCAGCACCUCAAGUCCUCCCAGCUCAAGGUCUCCCAGCUCUUCUCCGAGUACGACAGGGGCACCAAGGGGCACCUGGACCGUACGGAGCUGGCGGCGCUGGUUCGGCGGGUCAUGCCGGCAGCCACCAACGCGCAGAUCAGGUUCCUGGCGGUUGUGAUGGACGAAGACGCUGACGGAGUGAUCACGCAGCGGGAGCUGCUGGGGGCGGCAGCGCGGGUGGUGGCGCUGCUCAGCGGCGGGGCAGCAGGGGGCGGAGGUGGGGCCAGCAGCAGCAGGGGAGUAGCAGGAGGUGGAGACGCGGCGGUGCUGGACCGCGUCUCACGCCUGCUGCGAGACAACAUGGACCUGGCUCGCUCGCUGUUCGACUCGCUCGACCCGCACCGCUCCGGCCGCCUCGACUAUGACGGUCUAGCUGCCUUCCUCAAGCGCUUCUACGCCCGGGCUACUGCUGCCGCUGCUAGCAACAUGGGAGGUGCACGGCAGCCGUACUCCCAGCAGCAGCAGCAGCAAAGGUUGAGCGGCGAGGAAGUGCGGGCGCUGAUGGCCCAGGUGUUGAUGUACGACGUGGAAGGCGUGGGGGAGGUCACAUUUGCGGAGCUACUUCGCGCCCUGCACGCUGCAGACCUGCGCAGCAAUCACGGCACCCACGCCAUUGGCUGGGGCGGCGCUGGUAUGGCACCAGCAGGGGGAGCCGCAGGAGCGCCGUACUAUGGGGGCAGCAGCAGUACGGCAGUCGGAGGGGGAAGGGAUGCUGGCGGCGGCGGGGCGUAUGACGUACCCUCCGUAUGGCGUCUGGAGUCGUACAGGUGGGGUGAUCGGGAUGUCCUGCUGGAUCCAAUCAGCCGCAUAGUCUACAGCCAGCAGCCGCCUUCAUGGCGCGAUGACCCACGGGUCGGCAGCGGCUCUUCGCCUUCCUGGUGGCCUCAGCCGUUGGGUCGGUUGGCGUUGGUUGGAGGCCGCGAGGCGGUUGUGGAGUUUAGGCCGGAUGCCUACCAGUUCUUCAAGCGCCUCGACUCCUUCCUGCGCACCAACCGAGUUCGGUUACGGCAGUUGUACGACGCAGCUGACGUGGACCGCAGUGGCGAGCUGGACGGGCGGGAGAUGGCGGCACUUGUACGGCGGGUGAUGCCGGAGGCCAGCCGGGCGCAGAUAGGAUACCUGCGGGCCAUGCUGGGGGUGUACGGCAACGACCGGGUGUCGUACGAUCAGUUCACGAUGGUGUGUCGGGAGGGCCUGGCGGCGGAGGCGGCGGCGGCUGGCGGCCAGGCAGAGAUGCCGGCGGAGGUGGCCGAGGCGCUGCGGCGGCUGUCGUACGAGCUAGCGGGUGCAGGUGGCAGGGGCGGUGCAGCCUCCGCUGCUGUUGAGCUUUUCCGCCAGGCUGAUCGUGACGGCAGCGGGCGACUUGACGCACGGGAGGUGGCGGGUCUGCUGCGGCGACUCGUUCCGGAGCUGCGAGAGGAGGAGCUGAGGGUGGCGGUGGCGGUGGUGUUCAGGAACAUGGAUCUGGACGGAGACGGUGCGCUGAGCUUCCGAGAGCUGCUGCUGGCUCUCAGGGCGGUGGAGGUGCAGACCCCUAACGGCCGCAUCCCCUCGGGCACCUGGCCAGCAGCAGCGGCGGGUGGGCCCCAGCAGCAGCAGCAGCAGGCGGUGGGCAGCAGGUCACCGUACGACAGCCGUCGUACGGGCGCAACGGCUACCCCUGUCAUCAGCUCUGCUCGCGAUGAAGCCACCUUGACACGUGUGGAUCUGGAGGAAGUACGACUGAGCAGCAGCAACAGUGGUACGACAGCACGACAGCAGCAGUCGUAUAGCUAUAGCUAUCAGCAGCCACAGCAGCAGCAGCCAACACAGCGCUAUCUGCUGUGCCGGUACAACAAUGUGGUGUACGAGUACGUGCCUCCGCCUCAGCCGCCCUCGACCAAAGUGACCCGCGGGUCUUCCUUCACCUCGGCCUCUGCUGCUGCUGGUGCAGUGGGCUGGCCUCGGGCUGUGGGCGUGAUGGACGAGUCGAGCGGCACCCCGAUGCUGCUCCGUCCCUGCGACCGCCCUUCCGCCUCCGCCUCCGCCGCCGACCUCUUCUCCGCGCUGGACCAGCGACUCAAGUCUGAGCGGGUUUACUUCACGCAGCUGUUCGCGCAGUACGACCGCGACGGCUCGGGUCGCCUGGAGCCGGAGGAGCUGCGGGGGCUGGUGGAGGAGCUGUUGCUAGGAGGAGGAGCGGGUGGAGGAGGAGUGACCCGCGGGUCGCAGCGUGGGCCAGCGGCGGUGGAUGCUGCGGACAUGGAGAUGCUGGGGGCGCUGCUGGAUCUGGACUGCAGCGGGGGAGUCAGCGAGCAGGAGUUCCUGGCAGUGGCUCGGGACUACCUGGAGCUGCAGCGCCGGCUGGGCGGGCUGGCGGGGCAGGGGGCGGCUGGCGGCCAGGCAGGCGGGCAGCAGCAGCAGCAGCAGCAGCGGGAGCAGGAGGAGGAGGUCCGGCGGGCGCUGCAGCGGGUGUCCGGACGGCUGCAGGGGGACAAGGAGGGCGGCUUGCAGCUCUUCCUGUCGUUCGACACUCGCCGGGAGGGGCGCCUGACCUGCCGCCAGCUGUCAGCCUUCCUCAGGGAGCUGCUCCGCGACCAGCGCCUGGCCCCCCGCGAGCUGCACUACCUGCUCGCCCACGCGCACGCCUGCGAUGUGGGCAAGACCGGCAGCUACUCGUACAACGACCUGCGCAUCGCCUUCAGGUCGAUUCCCAUGUACCACCCGGGUGGUGGGGUCUUCCGACCCGGCUUCUCCGCGUCAGCUGUCACCUCCGCCUCCCCCUACACAUCCCCCCCUUCCUCCGCCCCCGCUGCCCCCUCGAGUGGCCCCCUGGAGGCUUUCCAGCACGCCGGCAGAACCCACUACCGGGACCCCGGCACGGGUCUGGUGUAUGUGUUGGUGGAGGGAGACCGCCGGACAGGCGGAGCAGCCGCACCCCGGCUGCAGCUCGCGUCCUUCCGUACGGCACCCGGCAGUACGACAGGGAGUCGGUUGGGUCGCAAUGGUACGACAGCGACGUCCUCCACCUCAUCCCCCACUGUACGGCUGUUUGAGGCCCUGGACGCGGCUCUCAAGGAAAACCGGGUACGGCUGCGUGACGUGUUCGCGCACUACGACGCGGACGGCAGUGGGUUGCUGGAGGCCCGGGAGCUGGGGCGGCUGGUGCGGGAGCUGCUGCCGGAGGCCUCGGGGGCGGAUGUGAGGUACCUCAUGGCCAUGUUGGAUAUUGACGGGGACGCCGCCGUGAGCUUCGAGGAGCUACUGUCUGCUGUGCGCAGCUGCUGGGAGGCCGUACGAAACCGUACGACAGAUGCUCCUUCACCCGACUCGUACGGCGGUGGAGGCGGCGGUGAUGACAAGGUGCUGGAGGCGCUUUUGGAGCGAGUCGGGGAAUACCUCCGAAACCAAAAGGAAGCCGCCCGCUCCGCCUUCGAGCGGUACGACACCAACCGCAACGGCCGACUUGAGCCCCGGGAGCUGGCGCGGUUCCUGCGCGCCUGUGUGCCCGAGCUGAGCAGCGGGGAGGUCAGGCAACUGCUAACUCACCUUCACGCACUAGACACGGACGGCGAUGGCGCGCUGUCGUACCCCGAGCUGGCCCAUGCGUUGUACGGCAUGGGGGAGCUGACGUUACCGGAUGGAAGACGAGUCGUCGCGCGAUAUAUUGCGUCGCCAGCACAGCAACGGCCCGCUGCCGGGUCCGGAGGCCCAAGAGGAGCACCCUCCUCGCCCUACGUGUACGGCAGUGGUGCCGCACGGCCGUACACUGAGAUCCGCGAGUGGCGGUUGGAGAACUGGUAUUGUACGACGGAAGGUCGAGAUCUGUGGCUAGAUCGGCAAAGCGGUCUGGUGUACCUGCCAGUUAAGUCGCCAACUGGUUCCACGAGCACGGCACCUGGACUUGGAGCCAGGCGGCGAAGCUCAACCAGCAGUAACGGAAAGUACGGCAACAGCGGUACGACAGCAGCACCUGGAGGAGAGGAGGAAGGAGGUUCCGGAAGGCUCGCCUGGCCGAUCCUGUUUGGGGCUCGUACGACAAAUACGACAGGGGGAGAUGGAGGAAGUGUACGGCGGUUGCAGAGCUCCCUGACCUGCCAGUUCUUCACGGCACUUGAUCGCAAGCUCCGUACGGAACGUGUGAAGCUGGAGGAUCUGUUGUACGAGUACGACAACGAUGGCAACACGGGUCUGGACGAGCGGGAGUUGGGGCGGUUGGCGCGGGAGUUGCUGGGUCAGGAGCUGGGGCCGGGGGCGAUCAAGUACCUCAUGGCCACCCUGGACCUGGAUGGCGACCGGCUGGUGUCCCGCGCGGAGGUGCUGGCGGUGUUCAGACAGCUGGGAGAGGCCAGCAGCCGCAUUGGCGGGCUGCAGGACCCCCGGCUGGUGUCGCUGCUCAAUCGGCUGUCAGAGGCGCUCAGUCGUGACCCGCGGGUCGGUUGGGAGCGCUUCUGCAGAGCGGACGUCAACGGCUCCGGAGCGCUGGAGCCGCGGGAGCUGAAAUGGUUCCUGACCGGAGUGCUUCCCGGCGGCGGCGGGCUGUCCCCCGAGGAUGUACGGCAGCUGCUGACGUACUGGAGCCUGUUGGAUGUGAACGGCAGCGGGCGCCUGGAGUGGCGGGAGCUGCUGGUGGCGCUCAGGGUGCUCCCCGCCCGUACCCCCGUGGGGCUGCUGCGGCCCCCCAGACCGCCCUUCAAAGCCGCAACCUCCUCCUCCACUCGCCCCUCCGAGGGGCCAUGUCGUAGCGAUUCGUACCGGCAGUACGACAAUGCUGGCGGCAACAGUGGUACGUACGACAGGAAUGAUACUGCGCAGUACGACGAGUAUGGCAGACGGAUUCAAGCCAACAAUAGCAACAGGCGGCAACCGCCACCACCGCCGAUAAGAGCGGGAGGGGAGGAUGCUGAUUACGCGCGCGGAGAGUACGAUGAGGGAGAGUACGACGAUGGGGAUUACGAUGGCGAGGGAGGCAACCGACGCAGGGGAGGAGGAGGAGGAGGUCGUGGGGCUCUGCGGAGCGACGGCCCGGCUGCCAUUAUCCCUGACCGGGUCUUUGAGAUGGAGCUCAGGCCACUGCAGCAGCCCCGCAGCGGCAGCAGGCGCCGCAGCAGUGGCGAUCGUACGGCACCCCCGCUGCUGCGAGAUUCAGACACUGGACUGUUGUAUGAAGCUCCUGACCUUCCGGUGGUACGGACGUCAUCUUCCUCCAUGUCCAUGUCUUACAUCAGCGGCAGCAAGGGAGACAAGGCGGCUCCCUGGCCUCAGCUGGUGGCGUAUGAGGAUCCAUGGGACGGCGCCAGAAGGUCCCUCCCUUCACUGCCCUCCUGGACGCUGCUGCUGGAUUUGGAGACGGUGGCGCAGCAGCAGCCGUAUCGCCUGGAGGAGGCGGCCGCGGAGGCGACCCGCGGGUCGGCUACGAGGCGGCAGGGGUCUCUGACCCGUGGGUCAUCUGCCACCCGUGGGUCAAUUGUUUCGCCUACGGGCGGUCGCGGCAGCUCAGAGGUGCUGGACACGCAGACGGCCGCCUCCGUACUCCUCCGGGUGGCGCUGCAGGCGGGAGAGGGCAAUGCGGGCACCGGCGGCGGCAGCACCAGGCGUAGUUCCUCAUCAAGCGCCAAGUUACCUUCCGCUGACCCAUGGGUCGCUCCCUUGCUUGAGGGCAUGCUGCAAGUGAUGCACGACAGGGGCGUGCAGGUCCGGAAGCUGCCGCGUGACGUUACGGCGCUGGCGGAGGCGUACCGGCUGCUGACCGACCCACGGGCCGGCCCGGAGCUGCUACGGGAGGUGGCGUCAGGGCUCAACCGGGAAUACGGCAAGGUUGUUCGAGCCAUGCGCAAAGCUGUCAUCCUGCCGGGGUCCCGUGAGGCUGCCGGCGCCAACCGGAGCUACGACGAGGACUGUAGUGAUGACGAGGAGGGGCGGGAGAUGUACGGCGAGGGGGUGCUUCAGCUGCCGGAUGUACGGGAGAUUCUGCGAGAUGCGCUCCCGGAGGAGCUUCACUCUAACCAAGCUACCAUGGCCACCCUCCUCUACCUGCUGUACAACUGCCCACACCGACUGGUGGCACGGGCCCACGGGUCAGCUACGGCCGCAGCGUCGGCACAGCCAGUGCUGGCACUGGGUUGGAAGGACGUGUUCAAGGCGCUGCGGGCCAUCAAGUGCCGCUAUCCCGACGGCAAGGCAGGCGUGGGUGUUUGGCACGCAGCCGAGCUCGCUCCCUCCACAUCCUCCUCCCCCGCCACAUCCUCACGAGCCUCAAGCCCAUCCUCCUCCACCUCCCUCUCCGACUCCGAAACCGGCCGACACCAGCGCCGUACAAGCCGCAGCCAUCGUGAUGACGGCCCCCGCCAGCGCUCCGCCUCAUCAUCCCGCCCCCGGGACGGCCGCGGCGACCGAACUGCCAAGCAAGACAAGAAACACGGCGACCGCAGCCAAAACCAAAGCCCUGUCCUACAGUCGCCGUUUAGCAUGUACGGCAAUCCAGCGGCGCACGCGGAGAUCUCAGCGGCAGCGGCGGCGGCAGCAGCCGCGGCCGCCGCCGCUGGCGGCGGCGCCGCCACCCUGGAUCCAGUGACGGCGGCGGCGCUUCAGCAGGCCGCCUCCGCCGGCUUAGGUCGUACAUUCAGCUACCAACAGGCCGCUGCCGCCGCCACCGCCGCCGCAGCCGCGGCCGCCACUGCAGCACACGAUGACAGUGUCCGGCGGCGCAUGGCGAGCGAUCUGCGCAUGUCCCACAAGCACUCCAACCCCUCUGCCCGGCACCUCAACCUGAGUGCACGGGAGGUGGUACGGCGAAAGCUGCACCCGGAGAGACGUAUUGUUGUACUGGAGUCGUACACGGCUCCUGACGGCACGUCGUACAACCUGGACCCAUCCACUGGCCUGCUCUACAUCCCCUCAUCCUCCUCUGCUGCUGCCGCCGCCAGCAGCACGGGGGAGGACUACCCUGAGCUGGCUGGCAAGCUGCGCCCCUCGGGGGAGGUGAUGCGUGCGGGCGGCUCCACUCCCGUACUCCAGUCGGUGUUCGCCACGCUGCGGAAUUUGGACGAAGCGGUGCUCGUACAGCUCUUCAAACAGUACGACACCAACGGCAACGGCGUGUUGGAGCUGUCAGAGCUGGUGGCGCUGCUGCGGGAGGUAACCGGGCUGCCGUACGUGGAGGCCAGGCUGGUGCAGGCCCUCCUAGACGUGGACCUCAGCGGCAGCCUCAGCCUCCGCGAGUGGCUGGGAGGCAUCCGCGCUGCAACCGACGUACUGGACGCCAUGUCAACAACCUCGUCGUAUGGCAACCGCCUCCAGACCGGUAGCCGUACGGCAACUACCGCUGCUGCAACCGCUGCUGCCGCUGCUGCUGUCAGUCUGAGUCGCGCCCAGCGCUCCGCUCUGACGGUGCUGGCUGCAGUGAGCGGCCAGGUGGCGGCGGACGUGGAGGUGUUCUGGGCUGCGUAUGCGCGGGCGGACAAGGACGGCAACGGCCAUCUGGACCUGUCAGAGCUCUCCCGCUUCUUCCGCGACCUCUUCCGCGACAUGCCGCCGUACGACGUGCGGCUGCUGGUGUCGUACUGCUUCACUGCGGAUGUGGAGCGGGACGGGCGCGUACGGCCGGACGAGCUGCUACAGCACCUGAGGGCUAUACCGCUACGGGCGCCUAACGGCGUGCUGCACCGCCCCGGCUUCCGCCCGCCACCCCCCCCUGCUGCUGCCGCCGGGCGAGGUGGUCUGCUGGACUCGCUCAAUCCCGCGCAACGCAACGCCCGCCUCACAUACAACCCAGGCCUGCUGGUCGACCCCGCUGCUGCCGCAGGCCCCUCCCUGGCCCCCAGCGACUCCCUAGCGGCUAUGCUCCCUGCAGGUCAGCACUUCCCGCAUUAUCCCCCCUCGCCCGGUGGUGCUACCGCCGCCGCGGCGGCGGGGGCGCCGGCGCUAUCGCCAACACCCUCCGUCGCCGGAGGUCCCCCGCUGACCAACCUGCCGUACAUGCCAAUGCCCAUGCCAGUGCCGUACAUGCCGUACAUGUGGCCCCAAGCCGCAUCUGCUGCUGGGAUGCCGGGGCCGGUGUCUCUGGUGCAACACCCGGGUUCCGCUGCUGCCGGCAGUGGUGGCGGCGGCGGCAAUCCUGUCAUGGGCUACUUGUUGCCGUACCAGCCGGAGAUGUACCAGGCCUUGUACGACAGACUGAUGUCUCGCGGACCCAAAAGCAGCAGCAGUCGCCGCUCCACCUACAAAUCCGCCGGCGGCUCCACCAACGCCGGCGCUUCAGCUUCCACCUCAGCCGCCCCCAGUGACUACGAGGCUGAGUACGACACCAGCCCGCCACCAUCUGACCGAGAUCUCAAUAUGAUGCCGCACGGUGCUUCUGCCUACCCUAGUGCCGUACGACCCUCAUCGUCGCCUCAAACUGACAACCUCGCGCGGCGGGUCAGCAGCACCAGCAGUGGCGGCCGUCUCGGCGGCAGCAGCGGCGGCGGCAGGGACGACACCCGCCGGCAGUCGUCCUCAGCACCAUACCCGCCGUACUACACUGACGCACAGCAGGCUCCUCCUCCUCCUGCUCCUUCUCCUCCUCCUUACAGCAAUGCCCAGCAACAGCCUCCUCCUCCGCCGUACAGCACCGCCGUACAGCAGGCGCCUCCUCCCAUGUCGUACGACUCCCCGGCAGCACCUCCCCCCCAGCCGUCUUCCCCUCCUCCACCCCCACCCAGCACCUCCGCCCCGAGCUCCUCCUCCCCGGGCGGCAGCGGUUUCGGAGUGCUGCUGGAGCUGGACAGGAGGCUGGAUGCAGGGGCGCCGGGGGUGUUUCACACCCACUUUGCCACGCUUGCUCGCCGCGUGUCCGGUGCCUCGCUGCCCGACCGCCGCCACGCCAGCAUCCGCAUGUACGGCAUGGAGGGGCCUAUGUACGGCAAGAUACCGCCGCCCUCCAGCAAGGGGAAGGGCACGGUGCUCAUUAUCCCACGCGGGGCGCUGGAGCUGCUGCUCCGGCUCCUGUACGGCACCCCUCGUCCCACAUCCUCCUCUUCCGACCUGGCAGCAACAGCCGGCCCCUCCGAGUCGCUCCUGCGGUACGGCACCUUCCUCCUCAAGGUCCUUCUGCCGUACAAAACGUCAUCGUACACUGAGGGGGAGGUCUCAGCUGCUAUACGUCAGGGUGCAGCUCUGGAGCAGGAGGUGGCGGCACGGGACGGACAUCUGCCUCCAGGGGGGGAGCUGGCAGCGGUGGCGGCGCAGUUAGCGGAGGAUAUCCGCGGCAAUGAAGCCCUGUACGGCGCGUACGGCAGAUCUCCAUUACUCAACAUGUCAACCGCCCUGCCGUACAGCUACAGCCGCCGUCAGCGCCGUACUGGCGAGGGUAUCGUACAACCGCAGUUGCAAACGCAGCUGCAACAACCGAUGGUUCCAGUGACGGAUGCCGUACGGCUGCUGACACGGUUGUCUCCGACCCCGCUGCCGCCGACCUCUGUCGCCUGGCUUACGGCGGCGCUUGGCUGGUAUGUGGCAUACGAGCUGCAGGGCCCCACCGAGAUCACAUACCAGGAGCUUGCGGACGCACUGUCGUACAUCUCAUCUCCCCCUCCACCACCCUCCUCCUCAUCACCCUCAGCCUCAGCAGCAGUGCCAUCACCAGCUAACGCCCACGUGUUGCCGUACUCCAGCCGUGAUGUGCCGUACACAAGUCAUGGCGGCGGCGGCGGCACCGGGUAUCCUUAUCCUGAUCGUCCCGCAGCAAUGCAGGCCCCGUACCUGCCGCCGUACGGCACUGGUACGGCACCAACAGGACCAGCACCGCCGCCUGCCAUGCUGCCGUCCCAGGCCUCUUCGGACCCGCGCUACCCAUCCAUCAACGGCACACCGUCGCCACUGCCGCCAUCACGGUCAGCAUCGCCGCCGCCGCCGCCGUACGACCCUCGGUACCCGCUGUCACCACGACCUUCGUACAACGCCCAGCCGCCACACCAACCGCCGUAUAGCGGCCCUUCGGCGCAGGCAUCGCCACCCUACCACGACGCUGGGAGGCAAUCAUCGCCAUCAAUGCCGUACGAUAGCCCGUACCGCCACUCGCCGCCACCGUACGGCACGAAUCCACCGAACCCUUACCCAUAUCCGGAUUACCCACAGCAACGACAGCCGUACCAACAGCAGCCGUACCAGCAAACUCCAUUGCCGUACAGCCAAAGCGGCGGUGGCAGUGGCAGUCCGUACGGCUCGUCCACGCCUCCUCCGUACGAUGCUCCUGCUGGAGCCAGUGCUAACCCCGGCGGCUACAGCUACCCUCACCCCGAUCCCUACGCUUCAAGGGGACCAGCAGCAGGCACCGCCUACUAUAUGUGGGUCCACAACAACCGUGAAGCUAUUGUACAAAAGCACAUGACGUCGGUGCUGCAGGGCCGAGUGGAGGCGUUGGAGGCGCAGCAGGGGGCGCUCAAGAAGGAAGCGGGGCUGCAGACCGCCGUACUGGACCUGGCUAAUCAGCUGGCGCAAACGGAGGCAGCGCAAAAGGAUGUACUGUCGCUCAUUCAGGGGUACGUGCCAAACAAUGGGUCACCCGGUGCCGCUCCGGCAAUGAGUGUGGCGGAGAUGGUGAACCGCAUCCGUACGACACUGGAGGAGGCGAUUGAGGCGACAAAGGUGUCAGCUGCCACGGUGGCCGGAGGUGCCAACGGGUGGCUCCAGGCUCUUGGAGGUGGCAAGGGGGAGCAGUCCUCCCGCCUAGCCAGCGCGGAGCAGUUGGAUGCACUGCUAGACGCCCUCAGCAAAGCCAAGUGGGGCAGCGGGGGAGACGGACCCACGGGUCAGCUGAGUCCCGCUACACUGUCGGCAGUCUUGGCGUUACGUCGCGAGGUGUGGGAGUUACAGCGGGCGCAAGCGGCGGCGGCGGCCGAGGCGGAGUCGCGCAAGCAGGGCCUGGCGGUCGCUGCCGAGGAGGCCCAGCAUGCCAUGGAGCUGCAGCGCCAACUGCUGCAGGCUCAGCUGCAGCAGCAAGCCCAACAGCUCCAACAACGGCUAGUGCAGGAGGCCCAGACGCUGGCUGCGGCUAACGCGGCUGCCCCUAACGGCUACGGCAACAGCAGUCCUGCUCCUGCUGGUACGGCAGUUGCAGUACAGGUUCCACAGGUGCUGCCUGGCCUGCUAUUGCCACCAGCGCAUGCCGGCACCGCUGCGGCAUUAGCUGGGAUGGGAGCCGGUAACCUGUCUGGCUUUGUGGCGGCUGGUGCCUCUCCACCCUACCAGUCCCCUGCUGCUGCAGCAGCCGCUGCUUCUCCCGUCGGCCCCAACGGAGGGGUGCGGAUGGUGUUUUCGCCCCGCACCUGGCAAAUGGAACCCUGCGUGGUGAGAGGAUCUGGGGGAAUGAGCAACGCUGGUGGUAGUGGUGUCGGGGGAAGCCCCGGCGUCAGUGGUACGGCUGCCGUACGCCGUGCUGCUGGCAUUGGUGCUGCCGUUGCUCCCUACCCUGCCCCUGUUCGUGACUGAGCUGAUGACGGUGCGGCGUGGUACGGGGGGUUUGUGACAUGGGCUAUCGUAGCCGUGAGGAGAGAUGAGGCCCGGAGGAGGAGGAGCAUGCGGGUUGGGUCGUAGAAGAGCGCGUGAGGCACCCGCUGGGUACCGUAUGUGAAAACAACUGAACCGCAAAGUGACGCUGACAUUGGGGUAUAGUAGACGUCGUUGCCAUGUAUGUAGUUAUGGAUGCGAUGUGUUUGUAGUGUGAGGUUUCUUGCGAAGCCAUGAUGACCGUAGGACCGAAGGGUACGCUGGGUUUGGUUAGAUGGUUUUGUAUAUAGAGGCGCCCUUUGUUCUGUACCGAUCUUAACUUGCUACAUCCGUGCGUGUUGGUUAGUCGAACCUUUGACGUACGGGCUAUACUCCUAUGCUGUAUAUGUUUGUUAUAGUUGGCUAGCUUACAGGUUAGCCUGACAAUAAGGGCAGAUGACUCGCAUUGAGACUCUCCGAGCUGCUAGCACCUACUCCUCAUUUAAACGGCCCCAACUCGUUCAUUG